AUGAAACCCUCCGCCGCACCGAUGAAACCCUCCGCCGCACCGAUGAAACAUAUUGGCCAAUCCGGCGUCUCCGGUGAUUCCUCUUUGAAGAAACGUAAUGGCAAGGCCGUUGUUUGCUCCGAUGUCCCCUCCGACAAAAACGAUGGCGUCGUGUUCUUCAAAAAUGUGACUUUUGGACCACAGGAAGACGAGUUAAGGUUUCGUCUGAUCCAUUUUUGGGAGGCCAGGAACGCACUCUCGAAGAUCCUUAUUGGUCUGGAGAUGCUUCUGAUCGACGAAGAGGGUACUGUUAUUCAGGGAUUCAUCCCACCAUCGAGGAUUAACACUUAUCUGCGACACAUGAUUCCCGGUUCCACUUACAGACUCAACAACUUCUUUGGUUCUAAGACCAAGAAGGUGUACCGGGUUGCUAAUCCAGACGUGACCAUUUCUUUCUCAUGGAACUCUGUCCUCUCUGUUCUCAAAGACAGUUCAAUUCGGUUUCCUGAAGAUCGAUUCCGUUUCCAUGGUUAUGAACAGUUCGAAGCGGCUUGCGACCUCAGAGGGGAUCUGUAUGAUUAUAUUGGUCAUAUUAGAUUGGUGAAUGAGCAGACUCUUAAUGAGAGUCUUGUGCUUGAUGAAGUCGAGAUAGCUUCUAUGCGGCGAAUUUUGGUUCAUGUUCAGACAUAUGAUGGUCCUGUGAUGAAGCUUUACAUAUGGGACAAGGCAGCUAUAAACUUCUGUGAGAAGUUUAAAUCGCUUGGAAAACCUCAGAGUGUUCUUUUGGUGACAACUGUGAAUCCUAUGCGUUUUGGAGGUGCUUUAUCUCUGUCAUCCCUAUCAUCUCCAGGGGUGUUUUUUGAUAUGGAUGUUCAACCAACCAGAGAGUAUCUGGCUUGGCUUGACUCAAACUCAGAAGUUGCUAAUAGAGUUAAUGCUGAAAUUGUCACCAAGGCUGAGACAGCUACUAUAGGGGAGCUACUCUCUUACAUGAAGCAGGAAGAAGCGAAGGUCGAUUGGUUUGAGUGUACAGCCACUAUUGAUGAUGUUGUGCGUGAUUCUGCAUGGUAUUACAUUGCUUGUGGUGGGUGCAAGACUAAAGCAACUAAAGGACCUACCACGCUUAUGUGUAAGAAGUGUGGAAAGACUGAGAUUACUGGUGCUGCAGAGUAA